GUGGGGGCAGCACAGUAAGGGCGUAUGCAUAACGCGGCAGCAGCUUGAUGCAUGCCGUUCUUUCGCCGUUCUCGGGGGGAUCUCGAAGAUGAGAUGCCCAGUGCGUCAAAUUCCCUUAUUGGGUCGCCUGCUGGGGCGAAGGACAGGACGACAUACUCCGAGAUUGGAUGGAGCGGUGUUAUGUUUGGUUGAUGACAUGUAAAGUUGCUUGAUGGUGGCGGCUGUUACACGCUUCGACUUGCCCCCUUGCCAAUGACAAAGGUCCUUGUGGGCGUUCGUCUCAGUCACAACCGGCGCAGAUUCGGGGCUGCGGGUUGUUGUCGGCUUCCAGCAAGAAGCAGUGCCAAAGCGAUAUGACGAAAGUGAUGACUACGUUGCACAGUCUUCGCAUGCUUCCGAAUCCCACGAACUUGGGUAAGAGUGGCCAAUGCUACGCAAGCCCAAAAGAGGCUGCCUGCGUUUGCUGUUCUUUCCGUAUGCAAUUUGUUACGAACCACACCUUCGAUUAAUGAUAUGCAGGAUGGCGGCACAUUCACCGUGUAAGUGCAGCUUUCGCAGGGGAUCGUUGCCUUGCCAGGCUGGCCCGGUCCCAGGACCCAAAGCUAAGGUACUCCGCAGUGCCAACAAUAGAAGCCUCCACGAGUCUUGCUUGCGAACAAACGGACACCUUACGUCAAAACUGUUGUGACGGGCCUGUCAGCUGUCGAUGGUGGUUGGACGUCUGCUGGAUAGACUUUAACUCGGUCGUCGGCCGGAGCUAGGGCGAGGCAGCUAGAGAUCCUACACUAGGACAUAAGAGAGAUACUGGUGGGAUGCCAUACGCACUUCCCAACCUAAUUUCCGUCGGAAUGGCCAAUCCCCUCCCGUCUCCCAUUCCUUCUUGAUAGACGGCAUAGUUGACCGAUAUGUAUCGAGGAACCUUGUGUCGGUAUUGCGAUGUUGUGCUUCGGUUUACGGCGCAUUCAGUUAGCCAGGAUGCUCAAUAGAGUGAGUGGUGUGGAACAAUAUGCGAGGAAAAGAGAGAAAGAGGGUGCGAAAGUAACAUGGGAUUUGUCGUAUUCUCCAAUUUUCCCCAAAUCUUACGAGAGUGGCCUCUCAAUCCGGGGGUGCAUAUCAUGGACAAGUAUCCGCAAGAUAGAUGGUGUUGGUCUACGCCGUGGGGUCUGAUUCUGCAACAUUGGCAUAUUGGAACACAUGGGAACUUGGUGUCUUCUCAUCCAUCCAUGUCUAAAGAAAUUCGCAAGGACCGACGG